ACGAUCUGUUUCAAAUGCAGUGUUUAAUAUUUAAGACUAAUUUCCUUGCUAAACCACACGGAAAAACAGCGAUUAAAGAAAAUAAAAUACAAAGUUGCGUCUUUUUAUGUGCGGAUUUAAGCUUGAAACAUUUUUAGAUGUGUUAAAUAGAUUUAUAUUUUGCCAUUUUAAAAAGGGGAAUUGGCAUAAAAAUAAGAUCAUAUGACUGACUGUUUAUAAUCGAAUGCACAACUGCGCGUUUAGGUUUAAGUAAGUGAAGUGCGGUGUUUCCUCAUGUAUUCUUAGUGGUUAUGUGAACUAAAUACCUGAAAACAAACACGUAUUUCAUGGUAAUAUAUAUAUCAAUACAGUAAAACGCCAGCCAUUUAUAUUAUAGGUUUAGCGAUCACACGCAGAGAAACGGAUCAUACUAUUAUCAGCUAGUAUAAAACUUGUGAGCGUGUAUACACACAGUCGCCCUUUACACACAGAAGUAAAUAUCGCGCGCUAAUAUCCGGCAUGUUUAAUCGCAGGUUAUGUUGUGAAAGAAAGACGGAUUUCUUCAUUGUUUUGGACUAAAGGAAGUUGAUUUUAUCGGAACAAAAGAGAUAUUGAUCUUGUGAGUAGCAAUGGGCAGUUUGUGAGUGUGAUUUGAUAAUACAGGAGUCGUAUACGAUUAAAUAUCAUCGUGACACACUUCGCGUGAUCUAAACAAGAAUGCGAUAAAGCCAGACCCAUAAUGCAUUGCGGUGCGUUCCCGCAUGCGUGAUUUAUUAAGUCGUGUCAAUGUUUAUAUGUAUGGGAAGUAAAAAGAACUAAAUAUAUAUCGUUGUUUAUGGUAUGGACGGUGACUAUAAUUUUGGAAAACUUGUAUAAAAUGGCUUCUUCUCGUUGGGUUGAUCAUGAAAGCGCUCGGACGUGGAUAUUAUCGAUAAUUGAUCAACUACGUCAGAGGAAAGCUAGACCUGAUUUGGAGCGUAUUUGUCAUUUUGUGGAGAGAAAACAUGGGUUAGAUCGUAAGGAUGCGGAAGCGCAUUUAGAAAAACUUGUAGACGACGGAACUGUGAUUAAAGUUGUAUAUAAACGUGGAACAAGCUACAGAAACGCCACAAAGGCCAAGAAACGAGCUUAUGUGUCAAAUGUGCUAAAUUCUAAAGGGGCUAGUCAACGAAUAAAUGAAGCGAUCAAUGCGCUCCUAGACAAAAGACGCUAUCACAGUUUGGAUACCGAAAGUACACACAGUAGCAAUGGGGGCGAAAAUGUGGACGAAAAGGAAAAUGAAAGCUCUGCAAAAUGGACAGAGAAUGACGGCGUGAGCUCCACGGAUAUUGAGCUGUGGAUAGCAUCUAAACAUGGGGACAUUGGGCCCUACCCGAUUCACUGGUUGUUGCAGCGGGAGGUGGAUGCAGGAAACGUUACACUACUUAAAAACGGCAACUUCCUGCUAAGAACGGAAUCGGAUUCCCCGGACUCCCCGGAAGCUGAAGAGGACGUUACGCCGCAGCCGCCUCCGCCGGCUGUCGUGUCCAAACGGGGUCGGCCCCCUAAACGGAAACACGAUAACAUGGUUCGCAGCUUCAGCUGGGCGGGAACCGGAAGUGGCGGCGGCGGCAAAAUGGCGGCGAUUGCGGGUGUGGAACCGGAGAGCGCCCCGGUACCGGAAAUGCCCCCGCAUCUGUGCGAUUUCUGCCAGCAGACGUCCGAAAACAACAAACGUGGGGAGCGCGAAGAGCUGCUCUUUUGUAAAGACUGUAACGCGAAAGCGCACCCAUCUUGUAUGAACUACUCACCGGAACUGGCGGCUCGGGCUCGGAACACUGACUGGCAGUGUAUUGACUGUAAAGUUUGCUGUUUAUGCACGGAUCCCGACGACCCGGACCUGAUGUUGUUUUGUGACGCGUGUGACAAGGGUUACCACAUGCAGUGUCACGUGCCGGAAGUCGUGGACAAGCCGCAAGGGAAGUGGGUCUGUAACGACUGUGUUAUGGAUGGCGUUCAGAUCGAUGACGUCGAGGAAAACGUCUUUACAAACGUCGUGGAUAGCACCAUGAAAACGGACUCCGAAUCUCUCGCAAGUGCUCGGAACGGUGAUCGGGCGUCUGAGGAAGCGGAAGAGGCGUAUCCUGACGCCGCCAGCUGGGAUACUGAUGACGUAGCCAGGUUCUUCCGGGGAAAGGGAUUUCCCGAUCAGGCCGACUCGUUCAAAGAACAGGAGAUUGACGGUCAAUCACUACUGCUGCUCAAGAGAUCUGACGUUCUACAAGGGCUGUCACUCAAACUUGGCCCCGCCCUCAAGAUCUACAAACACGUGAUGAAACUCCAGACCACGGGAAUCUCGAACACGUGACCCACCUAGUAGUCACAUGACUUUAAACUGUUCGCUGAUGAAUGAACAAAAUAGUUUUGAACUAAUCAGACAUUGAAACAUUUGAAAUUCCGGUGAAGAACUUUAAAUCGUUUUGUUUACAUUGCCUUGCGAGGGUUUGUUUUGGAUGUAAGGAUGUUCAAAUCAUAACGAAGGGCAGUACAGCAGAGAUUGCUGUAAUCUAAUCCACGGCCAAUAGGGAUGUUUGUGACUAACGUUUCCGGUUUUGGUUCCGCCGCGCUUGCAGUGAAAGCACGAUGUAAAUAAGAACGUUUGGAAACGUUCUUAACAUAGGCGACUGUCAACCUUAAAAAUGAACAUAGGGCAGAUUUAGUUAAGCAACUAAUGAGAACUGACGAAAAAGAGCAUUAUUAGAUUACGAUUUCACUGUUUAAGAUCGGCACAAUGUUUGUCCUAUUUGUUUAAUAUUGUCAAUCAGGUUGUGUAGCUAUCACUUCACGUGUAUACAUUAAUUAAAGGCAGCCAAGCGCAAAUGCUUCUUUAAUCCUAGUAAAAUACUUAACUGAUACACUUCUUCUUCUGAACUUGUUUAAUCAUAAACCAUGCUAAAAAUGAAGGCGCACAAUAUAGGUUGUAUUUUUUAAUGCGUUUUCAUGUUUAACGCAUUUGACUUUUAUGAGCACUAUGAUAUUUUGGCGCUUGUCUUAAAUGGGAAAUGGCAGGCCACGUAUACGUACGGGCCAAUUAAAGAAAAACAACAUGUAUAAAGGCUAAUGUUAUAUAAGUGAAUUUUCUCCGAUUCCAAAUUAGAUAUUUGUAUUGUUGUUAUUUUUUAUACAUUUUCGUCGAGUAGGUAACUUUUCUUUUUUAAAUGAACAUGGCUGCCUUUAAAAACGUUAGUCCGAUCUAAGACAAAACUUACUGAUGACCAUAUGGUCAUACAUGCCAUUAUGAAAGUGUGUUUGUGUGUGCGUGUUUUUUGAAGAAGCAAAACAUCAGUUGUACUAGUGAUAGUUUGGCAUAACUGUAGUAUGUUUUGACAUACAGUGGAACCCCGUUGGCUCGAACUCACAAGGACAGGCUCGGAAAUUCGAGCCAAGCGGGAAUAAUUACCUUCAGUAUAAAAAAAUCGGCCAUUUACAUCCAAUUCGAGCCACCGAGGUAAUCGAGCCAAGCGAGGUAAUGGAGCCAACGGGGUUUGACUGUAUUUGUUUACCAUGCCCUGAUUGUCUAUGCAUAUUCAUGAAUUUAAAAUUGUUAUACGAGAUUCCGUUUACUUUUAUUUUGUUUUUCUGCUCAAGUUAAUAAAACUUUUUUGUUAAAUUGA